AUGUUAAAAGAUGUCCAGGCUAAUCCCGACUUCGCGACGAAAUAUGGGGAUCAGAUGGGGACUGAAAUAGCGACACGAGUUCUUCGGAAGAUAUGCAAAGUAGACCAUGCCUCCAACAUGACCGAAGAGAAAUGCGGUGGAUUCCAUGUGCUGCCGCCUCCCCCAGAGUCUCCAUUAUACCCGACAGGGUUGGAGUGGGAGUUCUUCACCAGAGAAAAUCAAGAUAAAAAACGCUUCGAGAGAAUCAAAAAAGAUGCAUGGGCGGUGCAUAUGCUCGGUCGUGAAAUCCCGGACGUCUCGGACUACCGCGUGCAGCCGAACAGCAUCUUCUUCCUGGAGACCUCCUGCCGGAACGGGACCGGCCUGAACCUGACGAUCCGCCAGGCGUGCACCUACGAGUCCGCGGCCAAGGCCCACCCGGACACGGAGAUCCUCCUCCUCUUCCCCUCGCCCAUCUCCCUGGAGGACCAACCCUCGCUCCGCCUCGAGCUGUCCACCUACCCCAACAUCCGCCUCCUCCGCAUGAACGUCGAGCGCUUCGUCUUGGACACGCCGUUCGAGCAUUUCGAUUUCCUGGCGCGCCCGCACCACAACCCGCGCUCCGUGGCCCACGCCUCCGAUCUGCUCAGGCUCAUCACCUUGUGGAAGUAUGGCGGCACAUAUUUGGACUCGGAGUUCAUCGUCAUGGAACCGCUGAAUUCGACUGUGAACUAUGUCGCUGCGGCCGACGAGAUCUCGCUGAACAACGCCGUCCUAAACAUCAACAUCAGCUCGGAGAACGGGAAACAGGUGAUCGAUGAGUUAUUGGAGGAAUUCAAGGACCAAUACGACUUGGAGGGGCGAACCGAUGGACCCAAAGUGGUCACGCGCCUAUUCAACAGGAUCUGCAAUGAAACAGAGAUUCGCAGAAUGACCCCCGAGAAAUGCAUGAAUUUCACAGUAUAUCCUGCCCCGGAACUUCCACCCCCGCGGGAAAACAUUUCACGGAACUCAGAUGAAAGUUCCGACCAAGCGGACAAGGAGGAGCCGAACAAACGAGAGUCGCAGAUAUUGGACAUUUUGAAGUCUCUCAGCAAGAACAAACCCGUUGACGUCGGAUCCAAAUUGGCCUUUGAAAUUUUCGCCGCUGAGUUUUGCCCCGUUGUCUACUCCAUAUUGAAGGGUCGGGCGUAAAGGA